ACACGUUAUUCGCAGUUAUAAGUCGCCCGUUACGGCUCUCCUUGAGAUUUCUGAUCUUGCACUCGGGACAUGAGCCUUGCCACCCAAACAUCUAAAAGGAAAUCCGCAGACGAAGUCAUGGAUGCACCCCCAGAGAAAGUUAUUCCUAAACCUGUGCUUGAUCCAUCGUCGAAAAAGCCUUCAAUCGUUCCUAUCAAAUUGAGUCUACCUGGUCAGACUAAAAAAUCGGAUGCUGCAAAAGUACCUAGUACCAAGCUUCAAGCGGUUUUCAAUUCAGAUGACGAGACAGAAGAUGAGGAAAUACCGGAGGAGGCACGUAUUAGGAUGAGAAACAAAGGAAGGUUUACUCCUACCUCGUUCGGUCCAAAUUCGUACGGGAAAGAAGCUUCGGCUUCAUUGACCGUCGUGCUUUAUUGAACAGACAAACAGAAGCCCUCAACGAACUUGUUACGGAGGACAAUCGAUGAUCACGUCACGACCUUUUUACUCCCAUUGAACUGAUCACCCGUCCUUUUAGGUCUGCACAUAUAUUCCCAAACCUCAAACUUUUGGUGAUGACUAAGGCCAUUCUGGUGAUAAACUGUUUGUUUCAUGCAAAUAUUAAUUUAUUUACAUCAAA